AUGUCAGUUGCCAAGCUGUCAAUUCUGCUUGCAUUGUUAGCUCUUGGUUUGCAAGUAGUGUGCCUUCUUGCUCAUCCUCUCGAUGAUGUAAAUUUAUUAUCUCGUUCCUCUUCAAACCUGUUCUCUAAUCAAAAGGAUGAAAAACUUUAUGUGUACAUUCAUGUCAAGGACCAAGUUAAAUUGAGUGAUUCGAAAAUUGAAGAAUUAUGUCAAGCAAUGGGUGUUAAAAGAACACAACUUGAUAUUUCUUCUCGUUAUCAAAAGACAUUCACUACUUGGUUGAGUUUCUCACACAUUGAAAAGCUUCACCAGUCAAAUGUCAUCUCAUCCAUGGUCGACAAAGUUGUGAGAGUACCUGCACAAGAUAGAAUCACAUUUUCUGCAUUGGAUUUAGAUUCUCUUCAAUAUGCGAACGUGAGGGUUGUGUUUCAUCAAGAAGUGGAUUCUAGAAUUAGAAAGACUCGUGUUGCACAUCCAAAUUUAGAAAUUCAACAAUGGUUUGAAAAAGAAUUCAAUCAAAAGUUGAAUAAUGUGCUUUCGUCCACCUCCAGUAACAAGAGAAUGACCACUGGUUCUUCCCAAUGGUUGCGCGAGGAACUGUCAAAUGUCUUUCAGUUGAAUUUUCAAAAUGAAGAAUAUGAAGACUCAACCAACGUCAUGACCAUUUCAUUGACCAACUUUGACGUCAAUGCUUGGCCUCUCUUACAACAAGAACCAUCUACCACUUCAAGAAAUCGUCAUUCCAUGCCUCAAGAAACUGACCAAGCUCUCAAUUUUCUUCAAAGAAGAAGAACUCUUCAACAACAAGACAACAUUCAAGCAUACCAAGAGGUGUCGCAAUCGAUGGGACAAGCUCUCCUUUCUCAACUCCUCUCCCAAGAAGAUGCUAUUUCCAUUUCGAGAGAAUUUCCUCAAAGUUUGUUAAAUUUGGGAAGUAAUCAAGUCGUGCAACAAGGAGGAGACGCGCCUUCUCUUUCAUCCAAUUCUAAAAAUCAUUUCAUUUGGAGUCAGAAUGUAACAGGAACGGAUCAAAUUGUCCAAAUUAUUGAUUCAGGUGUUGAUGUCAAUCAUUGUUAUUUUUCAAAGGCAGGUGAAAAUUAUUUCUCAACUCCCAAUUACAACAAUCGAAAAAUUGUCUUUUAUCAACCAGUGACUUUCUGGGGCGACAAAAUUGAUAAUAAUGGACAUGGAUCUCAUGUGGCUUCAACCAUUGCUGGAUCCUUAGAAGCUGGUUCCUUAAACGUCAGCAUGUCCAAUGAUAUUGGUAUUGCACCAAAUGCCAAACUUUACGUGACAGAUGUCAUGAAAGGAAUCUUUUUCUAUGUUUCUUCCUUAAGCUCCUAUCUCACCACGGCAUUUAAUAGAAAGGCCAGAGUUUCGUCCAACAGUUGGGGGUGUGCCAAUCCUUACGACUGUGUCUACGAUUGUCGUUGUUAUGAAUAUGGAACUUUGAAUCUUGUCAAUGAUUCGUAUUGUUUGUACAAUUAUGGUGUUCGAUGCUGUGAAGUGUGUAAUCAAUAUGACAACAAUGCUCUAGUUGUUGAUUCCUUUACAAGAGACAAUGACGAAAUGUUGAUUGUCAUGGCUGCUGGUAAUAAUGGAUACUUUUCGAGCAAAGGCACUGUCCUGUCACCUGCCACUUCUAAAAAUUCCUUAACAGUCGGAGCUCAAUAUGCCACUUUGGAAGAAUACAUUCGUUUCAACAAGACUGAAAUCAAUGGAACACUCUAUAACCAUCAAAAUAUGGGCUACUUCUCUGCUCGUGGCCCCACUUUCGAUCAACGUUCCAAACCUGAUGUGGUCGCUCCUGGAGUUUCCAUUUAUGGAGCAUUGAGAAAUCCAACUUCUUGUUCGCCAGAAGGAGGUUUGACUGCAAAAUCUGGAACUUCUAUGGCUACUCCAGCAGUGGCAGGAGCUGCUGCUCUCGUACGUGACUAUCUCUCUCAAAAUAAUAAUUCUCGACUUGUGAACUAUGAACUCUUCAAUAAGAAUUCCACACAAACCAUUUCUGGAAGUUUGGUGAAGGCCAUGAUUAUUCACAGUGCUCAGAAAAUGACUGGUUUUGUGAAACUCACCAACGACACCUCUCCAUUUGGAAUUUCUCAAAGUUUGGCUCGUUUGCCUUACCCAAAUAUUUACAAUGGCUUUGGAAGCGUGAAUUUGAAAAAUGUCUUGUUAUUUGAAAAUGUCAAGGAAUCGGUCAACACGAUUGGAAAGUUAUUUUUAUUGAAUCGAUAUUCAUUGGCUCCUGGAGAUGAAUUAGUUCUUCCUUUCCAUGUUCCUGAAGAUAAAAAGAAGAAUGGUCGUCAUCACGAUAAGAAGAAGAAAAACAAGAAACCAAAAAUUCCAAUUAAGGUCACCUUGACUUGGUACGAUUACAAGGGAGCCAUCACCAAUAAUGCUACAGCCACCAACAAGCAACUCAUCAAUGAUAUGGAUCUUUCGUUGAAAAAUGGUCAUCGUCGUGUGUUUUAUGGAAAUCCAUCCACAUUGAGAAAUGGAACUUGUCCCUAUGACUUUUUAAAUACGGUCGAGAGAAUUGAAAUUCCAGUGAAAUACAUCAAGUCAGUGUCGACAUCCACUAACCAUGAACGUGCAAGUUUGAAUCGUGAUCAUGAAAGUAGACAUCGUCGUGUCAAGUCAUUCCAAGUUAUUAUUAAGGCCAAAGACACAAAUAUUGGAAACCAAACAUUUAGUUUAGUGGUCACUGGUCCAAUUCAAUCUGGUUCUCCAAAGCCAAGGCAAGAAAGACCAAACCGAAGAAUUCGUGGUUAA